AUGGUGAAAGAGGAAUGGAGGAGCAUAAGGGAGACCCAAUUUUUGGACAAGCUGAAGGCCAUGACGGUUCCACUAAGCAGAUGGCAUAGAAAAAAUUUUGGAGAUAUGGAUAGGAGGAUUCAUAGGUUUGAGGAGGAGAUUAGGAAAGUCGAUGAUAUGGUGAGUAACGGAGUGUAUGAUGGAACGGCGGAAGCUAGGAGGAAGGCGCUUGUGAGCUCGUGUAAGAAAUGGUAUAUUAGGAAGGAGAUUCAUUGGAAUCAGAUGUCUCGAUCCAGGCAUGCUAAGGAGAUGGAUAGAAACACUAGGUACUUUCACAGUAUGGCCUCGGCAAGGAGGAGAAACAAUCGGAUUGAUGCCUUGAGAAUACAUGGACGAUUAGUUAGGAAUCAGCCCCGAAUCAAGGUUGCUAUAAGAGAUUUCUAUAAGGAUCUGUACCAUCAGGAGACCUCACCUAAUAUAGGUUUUCGGGAUGGGCUGGUAAGGCAGAUAUCUGAGGAUGAGGCAACAGGGUUAGAGCUGAUGCCAACUGCUGAAGAAAUAAAGAAUGUCGUGUGGGAUUGUGAGUCAACAAACGCACCAGGAUGUGACAGGUAUAACAUGAAUUUCUUUAAGAAGUGCUGGGAUAAAAUUGGGAAGGAAUUCAUUGAAGCAGUUAUGGGGUUCUUCAGGUCGGCUAGGCUACCUAGGGACUCGAGUGUCACUUGGGUGGCUUUGGCACCAAAGUUUGUUGGGGCUACAGAAAUCAAAGAUCUCUGGCCAAUUAGUAUGGUGGGUUGUGUGUAUAAGGUUAUCUCUAAGGUGUUGGUUCGGAGGAUGCGGAAUGUGAUGCCAGGCUUAGUAGGCGAGACUCAGAGUGCUUUUGUGCAAGGUAGGAAAAUUCAUGAUGGAGCGUUGAUAGCCUGUGAAACUGUGCAGUGGAUUAAGGCAAGAAGAAGGAGCUCAGCGAUAAUUAAACUGGACUUUCAAAAGGCUUAUGAUAGGGUCAAAUGGAGUUUUUUGGAUAUAGUUCUACAGAAGAUGGGAUUUGGCCAGAAGUGGCGGGGUUGGAUUAAGGAAUGUGUUUGCUCGGCGUCUAUGUCGGUGCUUAUAAAUGGAUCCCCCUCCAGGCCUUUCAAAAUGGAAAUGGGGCUACGACAAGGAGAUCUGUUGUCACCCUUUCUGUUUGUGCUAGUUGUUGAUGUUCUUCAUCGGAUGAUCGGAGAGGCGGUGACGAACGGGCGCAUUUCUCCGCUUUUGGUAGGCCGAGACCACAUUGAGCUAUCGCACUUGCAGUUUGCAGAUGAUACUAUACUGUUCUGUUCUCCAGAAGAAGAGACUAUCAGGAAUUACAAGCACCUACUGCGCUGUUUCGAGCUGAUGUCUGGGCUGAGUAUUAAUUUUGAGAAGUCCAGUUUCAUUCCUGUUAAUUGUGAACAGCGUUGGACGAAGCAGAUGUGUCAGUUGUUGGGAUGUAAGGAAGCCUCUCUACCAGUCCGAUACCUAGGAAUCUCUCUGGGAGUGAACCCAAGGCUAGUUAAGACUUGA